AUGUUCUCUUGUGGUGAACAAGAAGUAGAAACUGAAGAUGGGAUGCUGUUCAGGUCUGCAUGCCUAGACAAAUGUACAACGAAUUCUGUUCUUCUAAGGAAGAGGAAGUUCAUAGGUUCAAAAAAUGACCCAACAAAUAUUCUGAAUGUUUCUCUUGUGGUGAAACAAGAAGUAGAAACUGAAGAUGAGGAUGCUGUUCAGGUCUGCAUGCCUAAGACAAAUGUACAAACGAAUUCUGUUCUUCUAAGGAAGAGGAAGUUCAUAGGUAUUACCAAAGAAGAGAAUAAAGUAACGAAAAAUGUAGAUGAAUAUAGAUCUAGUAAUUGGAGUUUCUCAAAUUUAAAUUCAAAAAAUAACCCAGCUAAUAUUUUCAAUUAUUCUGUUGCUAUAAAAGAAGAAAUUGAAACUGAAGAUGAGAAUGCUGUUCAAGACUAUGUGGCUAACACAAAUAAUGAAAUAAAUUCUGAUGUAAUAAAGAAUAUGAAAUUUACAAGUAAGGAAUUUGUUGAAUCCCUAGUAUUCUUUGUGAAUUAA